CCGAGGCGCGAGCUGCCAUGUGAGCAGCAGCAGCAGAAGAAGAGCGCAGCGGAAGUCGAUCCGAAACGGAAGAACAUGGCGGCGCUCCGAAUGGUCGUGUUGUCCGGGUGCGGUAGGACCUUCUUAAACGCACCAAAAGCGGUGCUCAUGCCUCGGGUCAACAUGUCCUUUGCCAGCUUGCCAAAGGGGAGAAAGGUGGCCCUGACCACACUGGGAGUGUUAACUACAGGAGGGGUAGGACUGGCUCUGGUGCUCCAUCAGUCAGUCAGGGCGUCAGAAUUGGAGCUGCAUCCUCCCAGUUACCCCUGGAGCCAUAACGGCUUAAUGUCUGCUCUCGACCACACCAGUAUCCGUCGUGGGUAUCAAGUCUACAAGCAGGUGUGUUCAGCGUGUCACAGUAUGGAGUAUCUGGCUUUCCGCAACCUGGUGGGAGUUUCUCACACAGAGGACGAGGCAAAAGCGUUAGCUGAAGAGAUUGAAGUUUUGGAUGGACCUGAUGAGACGGGAGAAAUGUUCACCCGGCCUGGUAAACUUUCUGACUACUUCCCCAAACCAUACUCCAGUCCGGAAGCUGCUCGUGCUGCCAACAACGGAGCUCUGCCCCCUGACCUCAGCUAUAUCGUCAAUGCCAGGCAUGGAGGUGAAGACUAUAUUUUCUCUCUCCUAACUGGUUACUGUGAGCCUCCGGCAGGUGUGUCUCUGAGAGAGGGGCUUUACUACAACCCCUACUUCCCUGGUCAGGCGAUUGGGAUGGCGCCACCUAUUUAUAAUGAAGUGCUUGAAUAUGAUGAUGGAACACCAGCUACAAUGAGUCAGGUGGCUAAAGAUGUGUGUACUUUCCUGAGAUGGGCUGCUGAGCCAGAGCAUGACCAGCGCAAGCGUAUGGGACUAAAGUUGCUAAUCGGUUCAGCUAUCCUCACCCCGCUUGUCUACUACUUGAAGAGACACAAAUGGUCUGUGCUGAAGAGCAGAAAGAUUGCCUAUAGGCCUCCCAAAUAAAUGUGUCAGGUUUAGGCAUCACAUCAGGCUGAAGCUGUGCAUGUACAGCUCGAAAGACAGAGGGAACAGCUUCUGUUAUCACAGUUGAUAAAACAAGAUUCACAAUUGUCAGACUUUUCAACAUGCACAGGUUGUCCUAAUCUGUUGCCUAUUUGUCAAGUAGCGUUCCACAUUUCCUGCUGACUUGAGAAAUGGGCACCAACUACAGCUGCAUUUUAUUUUACUGUAUAAAUAUAAAUUAUCUAAACAAAACAUA